CUCGACUGAGGCAGUGAAAUCUCUUCACGUGCCGUGCCAGCUGUUCUGACCAGCACCGAAAGCAGAACCUCUUUUUAAUUUUGCACAUCAGCAUCUCGAUCCCUCUGAAACCCACCGGGAAUGGCUCACCUUAACUCCACCCACCUGCCCAACAACCAGUCAGACUUCAGUAGCGUCUUCACACAGCAGGUGCUGCCGCCGCUCUACUUCGUGAUCUUCCUGGUGGGCGUGGCCCUGAACGGCGUAGCUGCCUGCAUCUUCUUCCGCGUGCCGGCGGACUCGGGGCUGGUGGUGUACCUGAAGAACAUGGUGGUGGCCGACCUGCUCAUGUUGUCCACGUUCCCGUUCCGGGUGGCGGCCCAGCUGGGGCUCGGCGGCUGGCGCCUGCAUGUGGUGCUCUGCCGCUACACCGCCGUGCUCUUCUACUCCUCCAUGUACGUGGGAAUCCUCUUCAUGGGCUUCAUCAGCCUGGAGCGCUACGUCAAGAUCGUCCGCCACACGUCUUCCUCCGCCUCCUCGUCCCCAACAUCCUCGCUGCACCUCCUGCAGAGCACUGGCUUUGCCCGGGUGCUGGCACUCCUCACUUGGGGCCUGCUCCUCCUUGGCGUGCUGCCCAAUGCCGUGCUGACCAGCCGACCGGCCGACGAGCGGAACGCCCGGCAGUGCAUGCAGCUGAAGACGGCGCUGGGCGUGCAGUGGCACCGAGCCUCCACCCUCUUCAGCGUGUCCCUGUUCUGGGCCACGCUGCUGGUGCUCCUCUUCUGCUACGCCUCCAUCGCCCGCCGCGUCUACCAGACGUACCGCCGCGUCCGCUGCGACAGCGGCGACGUCUGCCGCAAGUCCAACCGCAGCAUCUUCAGCAUCCUGGCCGUCUUCUUCAUCUGCUUUGUGCCGUACCACGUCUGCCGUGUACCCUACACACUCAGCCAGAUGCCGGCGUCCGGCUUCAGCCGCCAUGCCCGCUUCCUGCUCUUCCAGGCCAAGGAGGGAACGCUCUUUCUGUCGGCGCUCAACGUCUGCCUCGACCCCGUCAUCUACUUCCUGAUGUGCCGCACCUUCAGGGAGUCGCUGCUCCGCAAACUGUCGGGACGAGAGAGGAGGAGGUCACUGACCACGGCCCAGAGCCUCAGCAACAUCUAGGAGGCAAGGAGACGAGGGGUCAAGGAGACGAGGGGGCAAGGAGGCAAGAAGACGAGGAGACGAGAAGACAAGCAGGCAAGUAGGUCACUGACCACGGCUCAGAGCCUCAGCAACAUCGAAGAGGCAAGGAGACGAAGAGGCAAAACGACUAGGAGAUGAGCAAAGCUUGUCACUUUGAGACAAGGACACUAGGAGACGAUGACAGGAGGAAGAACUGUCCAGGAUCUUGCUCUCCUCUGAGGAGACAGAGAUUCAUGAAACACUGACUUUGAGUUCUUUCCCAUCAGCUGUUAUCUUGUUUGUUGUCGUGGAAACACUGAUCUGGAAACGUCAACGAUCAUUAGACGGCACUGAAGCUAAACGAGGUUUGAUUCAAAGAUG